CACGUCACCGAGGCUCCACCAUGUUGUAGGAAAUCCACCACUGCUCCACACUGACAGAUUACACUUUAAUCUGUGGAGGAGGAUACACUGUCAAGACGAGCUCAGUAUCUUGGAAGGACUUUUCGUUUUGAUAUGUGCUUCCUCAAGGUUGUCAUUUUUCUCCGGGGAACGGCUUGUACCUAGAACAUGAAUCACCGGUCUUCAUUUGCUGUCUUUUCCUGUUCACCCACUUGCCACUACAUUAAAAUGUUAGCUGGCUAACUAGCGAAAAAUAGAGUAACUCAAUCGGAUUAUCUUGCAUCGACUCCCUUCGCUCUAGGUAAUAUCAAGUUUUUUUUUUCUUCUGUAGUUGACGGUGAUUACAAAGCAAAUAAGCUACCGCGUCAAUUCUGCAGGCAAUUAUUAAACACCGCAAUUAUUCUCCAGCACUAAUGUUGCUGCAAGUAAGCUAGCACCCUACAAAAGAUCUGGAGCUCCGAGUCGAGCCUGUUUCUUCCCCCCCACCUACUGUUUGUUUGUAAAAUCAAAAUUUAAACCGAAAGUGAAGACCACCAAGCCGAUGGGCGACUCCGUUUCAAGCUAGUCGGGAAAAGAACAGUCCAUUAUUUCAAUAGAGGAAUACAAAAGAAGCGAUAAUGUCAGGAAAGGAUAAAGAUAAACCAGAGAAACAAUCCACAACGGAGCGGCUCGUUAAAGCUGUGCCAUACCCACCACAACAUAAACUGACUGUUAAAGAACUAUUUGAAGAUGGGAAACCCAAUGCAGAGCUGCUACGAAACCACCUCGUCAAAGAGGGCAGGGUGGAGGAAGAUGUGGCGCUAAAGAUCAUCAACGAUGGCGCCAACAUCCUUCGCCAAGAAAAGUGCAUGCUGGAAGUGGAGGCACCUAUUACAGUAUGUGGUGACGUCCAUGGCCAGUUCUUUGACCUCAUGAAGUUAUUUGAAGUAGGGGGAUCACCGAGUAAUACAAGGUAUCUCUUCCUCGGAGACUACGUAGAUCGAGGAUACUUCAGUAUCGAGUGUGUUCUCUACCUCUGGUCACUCAAGAUCAACCACCCCACGACACUGUUCCUCCUCCGAGGGAACCACGAGUGCCGACACCUCACAGAGUACUUCACCUUCAAGCAGGAAUGUAAAAUUAAGUAUUCCGAAAGGGUCUAUGACGCCUGUAUGGAGGCCUUUGACUGCCUGCCCCUUGCUGCCCUGCUUAAUCAACAGUUCUUGUGUGUACAUGGUGGACUCUCACCAGAAAUUAACUGCCUUGACGACAUAAGGAAAUUAGACAGAUUUAAAGAGCCUCCAGCAUUCGGGCCAAUGUGUGACCUGAUUUGGGCCGACCCUGGUGAAGACUAUGGCAGUGAAAAGACAUCUGAACACUUCAACCAUAACUCUGUCAGAGGCUGUUCCUACUUUUUCAGUUACUCAGCAGUCUGUGACUUUUUGGUAAAUAAUAACUUGUUGUCAGUAAUUAGAGCCCAUGAAGCCCAAGAUGCAGGAUAUCGGAUGUAUAGAAAAAGUCAGACUACGGGCUUCCCUUCGUUAAUUACAAUCUUUUCAGCUCCAAAUUAUCUUGAUGUGUACAACAACAAAGCUGCUGUAUUGAAAUAUGAGAACAACGUGAUGAAUAUUCGACAGUUCAACUGUUCCCCCCACCCUUACUGGUUACCUAAUUUUAUGGAUGUCUUCACAUGGUCUUUGCCAUUCGUGGGAGAAAAAGUGACAGAGAUGUUGGUGAAUGUGCUCAACAUUUGUUCUGAUGAUGAGCUCAUGUCAGAGGGAGAUGAUCUAUAUGAAGGUGGCACCACAGCGAUGCGUAAGGAGGUAAUCCGGAACAAGAUACGUGCAGUUGGGAAAAUGGCUCGAGUCUUCUCAGUCCUCAGGGAGGAGAGUGAGAGUGUAUUAACUCUCAAAGGGCUGACCCCGACCGGAACGCUUCCUGUGGGAGUACUGUCAGGUGGAAAGCAGACAUUACAGACGGCUACUAUUGAGGCAGCUAAAGCAAAAGCCAUCCAAGGCUUCUCUCCCACGAGGAAGAUUCGUAAUUUUGAGGAGGCACGCGGCCUGGACAGGAUAAAUGAAAGGAUGCCACCUCGCAAAGAUGGCCAGCAGCCGGAUGGCACGACCAUCAAUACCAGCGCAUCUAACAAGAACGGCACUGAUGGAUAGGCCUUAGAACCCACACCCUUGCCUCCCGACUCAUCCCCACCAAUCACCCUCCUCCUCACUUUUCUAUCCCAUUCAUCCCACUGUUUGUCUCUUCACCCAAAACCACCUGUCAAUCUUCUGCGUGCAUGCUGUCUUGGACGGUGGGUAAAGGAAGCAGACACGGUGGUGGGUGGGGGGGGGGGGGGAAGAGACCACUCUGCUAGCAAAGGCUUCUCGGGGAAAACAAGCAAACAAUCCUGGGGAGGGGGGGUGGUCUUAUUUAUUAAAUGAAUAUGUUAGAGGUGAUGGAAUGAAGACAUUUUGCAGUUGUUCAAACUUUUACUGUACACUGAAGUCCAUGCUUAUACUUGUCACAGUCAUGCAGGUUAGAUGAAAAGAGACACAAUUAUACAUGCUUUAUGCUUUAGCUUCAUUAAUUUUUUUUUGGGGGGGGGGGGUGUUUGUUUUGUGUGUUGUAACGUGUGUGGCAACAAAAAAGUUCAAAUAUGAAUUCUGUAGCCGCAGCGGCUCUUUGACGGUUUUGUGAGGUACACUGCUUAUAGAUGGUGGAGGGUAAAAGUACCAUUUUAUAUUUUAGGAUGAAAUGUGAUGUCUUAUGAAAGCUAUGGGAGCGGUUAAUUAGUAUUUGGUUCUCUCUGAGUAACAUGUAUUAUCAUUUGUGAAUGAAACUGUUUUAGAUAAUAUGCUUUGUGUGCUGUAGACCUAAUAGUUGUUGACAUGACGGCAGCUCGGACGCUUGCUUUCACCUAAACCAAAUUAGGGGAUGUACAGUACAGUACUACACAACACAACACACGUCACCGCAAUCCUCCCCCAUCCUGGAAGGAAGCACACAUCAAGAAACUGUAUCAAGACAAACCAGUUUAAACAAAAGAGGACACUUUUGCCCAAGAAGCAGAGGAGCCACGGGGCAUCCUCACCCACUCACUCAUUAAAACAGACUUUUAUUAAUUGCUGAAAUAUUUCAGUAUUUAAAAGAAAUACAGCAGGUUAGCGGCUGCUUUAUCAAAUGCGUUUUUAGGUCUUUUUGUUGCUUUACUAAAGCUGUAUAAAUGUCCCCAUCUACUUUUAAUUAUUUAGUAUGCAGAUAUGUUCGCUUUUUCUAAAAAAAAAAAAAAAAAGUGACUACUCUGGAAAAAAAAAUGCUUCUAAAUGACUGCAAUAUAUUGUAUGGAUGGAGACCCAAUAGGCCGCUGCCGUUACCACACUUCUGACUUGGGCUUAGUGCCACUGCAGUCGAUUUUUGGCUCACUUGCCUCACGCAUGUUCCUUUUUACAAACCGGAGUGGGAGCCACUUAGUAGUCGCUGUGAUUUCCUGGUGUUUGUGAAGUUUUCAUGUGGCUUGGCUCAGAAUUUAGCUCUAACCACCUUCACUUAUCUUCAUUGGCACCCAAACAACCCUUUAAGACUUGCUUUUUACCUUUUGAUAGAGCAACAACGGAGGAGGAGUUGGGCCACUUAUAUGUGCAAUAUACUAUAUAUAUUUUUAAAGGGAAAAUAAUUCUGAUUUUAGUAAGAUUUUUUUUUCCUCAUAUACUGUAUAUACAAUGCUCUCUUUUUUUGCAGGUUUGUUCAUAUGUGACCCAGAGCCUCCUCUCUCAUUUCAACUGGUGCUGUUAUAUACCCAAUGCUUAGUUUCUGACAAGUCAUGGUGGUGGAGCUUUAGUGAAAAAGUAUGCUAUUUCCUUAAGAAAAAAUGUUAUUUUAUUUCAUUGAAAUAGUUGUGUGCACUCGUGCCAUGCCACUCUGGACACGCUUGAAGAUCUGUAUGUGUGUGGAAGGCAAACAGAGUCAAGCCAUGCAACAUUUUUGAAUGAGAGUUCCAAAGUCAAGUAAUGUACUUUGUUCAAAUGUACACAUUUCAGUAAGACCCCAAAGUAUUGCGUUAUAAAUUAUUGUUUAUUUAAUGUUUCUUUAAAAAGUAAGGCUUUAUUGGGUGGUCCACGCAGUAUACAGACCUGUUCAGUCUUAUACUGUACAUAGCUUGCAGAAUGUAAAAAAAAAAAAAAGAAAAACUGCUAACAAAGAAUAUUUUAAUGGUGAAAGUGUACCGUGCGUAUCAUGCAAGGCCAUGAAAUCUUAUAUGUAGAUGUAUCACUUAAAAGAUAAUAAAAUAUUGUUUUACUUCA